AUGGGUGCGGAAUUAGUCUACACGUUAUCACUUCGUGGUUAUCAACAUCUACUCCGAUAUGUCCUGGCCGAGGGCGCCAACAUCAACGCGCAAUGCGGGCGCUACGGCAACGCGCUCCAAGCAGCAGCAGUAGGGCUUGGAGGCAACAAGGAGGUGGUCGAACUGCUGCUGGCCCAGGGCGCCGAUAUCAACGCGCAAGGCGGGGUGCACGGCAACGCGCUCCAAGCAGCAGCAGCAGCAGGGUUUGGAGGCAACAAGGAGGUAGUCGAACUGCUACUGGCCCAGGGCGCCGAUAUCAAUGCGCAAGGCGGGAGGUACGGCAACGCGCUCCAAGCGGCAGGGUAUAGAGGCAACAAGGAGGUGGUCGAACUGCUACUGGCCCAGGGCGCCGAUAUCAAUGUGCAAGGCGGGGAGUACGGCAACGCGCUUCAAGCAGCAGCGUAUAGAGGCAACAAGAAGGUGGUC